CAGUGCGCAUGCGCAGUGUCAUAGUGGAAGUAAAAUCACUUUCUCAGCACAACGUUUGUGAAUUCUUUUGUCGGGUUGAAAGUUGAAGUAAAUUUAUUCAAAAUAUGGCUGUGAACGAGAAUGCUCUACGGAAAAUGUGUAAGAGUUAUAAAUACAGAGACCUGACCAUGAGGGAAAUCACUCAUGUCAUAAAUCAGUACAAAGACCUGAAACCUCUCAUGGACACUUAUGUGUUCAAUGAUGGCAGCAACAGAGAGUUACUGAGUCUUACAGGAACUGUACCAGUGAGCUUCAAAGGAAAUGUGUACAACAUUCCCAUUUGCCUGUGGCUGCUCGACACUUAUCCAUUCAAUCCUCCCAUCUGCUUUGUCAAGCCCACUAGUGCCAUGAUGAUCAAAACAGGGAAGCACGUCGAUGCCAAUGGAAAAAUCUACCUCCCGUAUUUGCAUGAAUGGAAACAUCCUGAGUCAGAUUUGUUUGGGCUGAUCCAGGUGAUGAUUGUAGUUUUUGGAGAAGAGCCACCAGUUUUUGCACGGCCAACCACACAGACAGCUUAUCCAGGAUUUCAAGCUGCUGGUCCACCUAAUGCUUCCUACUUGCCAAACACACCGAACACUCAGUUUGUCCAGAGUUACUCUCCUAACCCAGGUAGUUUUCAGGGUUAUCCGUACCCUGCUGCCAGUUCAGGAUACCCAGCCACAUCUGCAACAACACACUAUACUCCCACCACCGCUGCAGGUCCCAGUCGUGAUGCCACCAUUGGCGAGGACACGAUCCGUGCGUCUCUGGUGUCUGCAGUGAGUGAUAAGCUGCGCAGGCGGAUGAAGGAGGAGAUGGACCGCGCUCAGGCUGAACUGGAUGCUCUCAAGAGGACCGAAGAGGACCUGAAAAGGGGACAAAAGAAGCUAGAGGAGAUGGUGUCCAAACUGGACCAAGAGAUAGCUGAUGUGGACAGAAACGUAGAUCUGCUGAAGAAGAAGGACGAGGAGCUCACAGCUGCUCUGGACAAAAUGGAGCAACAGUCAGAGAAUAACGAUAUUGACGAACUCAUCGUGCCCACAGCGCCGCUGUACCGCCAAAUUCUAAACCUGUAUGCUGAAGAGAAUGCCAUCGAAGACACGAUCUUCUACCUGGGCGAGGCACUACGCAGAGACGUCAUCGACUUGGACAUCUUCCUUAAGCAUGUGAGACUUCUCUCACGGAAGCAGUUCCAGUUGCGCGCUUUGAUGCAGAAAGCCAGAAAAACUGCAGGCCUCAGCGACCUCUACUGACCAACUCCAAGCUCAACACAUCUCUCUCACAUCUCUCUUCUCUGUCCUGUCUAACCCCACAGUCAGUGCAUUAUCUACACACAAUUACCAGGUUUCACUUUAUAGAACAAUCAAACAUUAAAGUUUAUACACACUUUUUUUAUUUGACCUUCCACUACAAUCUUAAGGGCAUAUGGGAAUUGAUUGAUUGAUUGAUCAUAGAAUCAAGAAAUGAUUAACACUUGCGUUUAAAAAUAUAUAUAUUUUUAAAUCAUGCAUUACUAUGAUUAUAUGUAAAUGUGAAGUGACCUUUCCAGAUGAUCUGUAGUGACAGUUUUGACAAUCAGAAGGCACAGGGAAGGCAGAUGAUCGCAACUGCUGUUGCUCCGAAGGGUUUAGACAGUUUGACUUUUGUACUUUUUUUGUUUAGAACACUCAACAAUCCAUUCAGGCAUAUUAGGAGUCACAGAUGUUUGUCUUCCAUCAAUUUAAAGCACUAACAGAUUGAACACGGCUCAUAUUUAAUCCAUUCUGGCUAUGCAAAUGGAAAAUGCACAAUACGUUCCAAAUAUUGUGUAUUAUUUGAUUUGAUUGAAUGUAAAUGCACCCUUUUUGCAUGGUUUGUGUGCGCAUGGGGAAAUUGUCAUGAGCUGUCGUGGAAAUAGGAAAAAAGUUCGUUUUUUUUUUUUUAAACCCAGGAUUAGUCUGUAUGAUAUCCACAUUCACUGGAUUUUGAGAAACAGAGCAUUUUUUUUUUUUUUAAGAUUUUUUUUGGGCUUUUUUCACCUUUAUUGGAUAGGACAGUGUAGAGACAGGAAAUGAGUGGGAGAGAGAGACGAGGAGGGAUCGGGAAAUGACCUUGGGUCGGAAUCGAACCCGGGUCCCCGGAUUUAUGGUAUGGCGCCUUAUCCACCUGAGCCACGACGCCCCCUUUCUUUUAAUUUUUUGCAAAUUUGAUAACUAUAUACAAAACGUCUGACAAAAUCAUGUAAACAAACUGAGGAAAUGACCGUAGCAGUUUGUGAAAAAUGCUAUAAUAAUUCUUGAAAAACAAAAAAGUGAUGUUCUUACCAUCAAAUACUUUUAUUCCUUUUUUUUUGGGGGGGGGUUGAGUAGAGUUUUUAUUUCAUCCUCGGUUGGUUCAGCAACAUGCUCCGCCAUUUUGUUUUACUCUACUCCCGGGAUAUGAGCUGAUAUCCUAGUAGUAGAGAAGCCGAUCAGAGCGUGAUUGCUCAUAUCCAGUGAAUGAGGAUAGAAUAAUUUCUUAUAUAUUUACAACAAAGUUACUCAAAUCUUGUAAGUGACUUCAUGAGUUGCAUGUUUAAUGAUAUCACGUGAGCUUUAUUAUUCUUUUUUUUUUUUUUUACUCUACACUUUGUCCUGGGUUAAUACUACCAUUAGUAUUUUUACAGUAUCAGUUGUAAUAGGAAUUGUAUUUUUGUGUUAUUGCAUUGUGUAUAUUAUUCAAUCCUUUUUUUUAUUUAUAUAUGUGCAUACUUGAAAAUAACCUCAAAAGCACUUAUACUCUUCUCAUGAAGGGAAUUAUUCAUAAUUCAAAAUUAUUCUUAUUUCAUCUUUAUUAUAUUAUGUAGUUCUCUAAAAAGAUUUAAUUAAAAUCAUGACGCUUGUAUAAUUGCUGUGAUUCUUGCACCAUGCUGCGUACUUUCCUCCCAAAUGUGAUCCAAGAUGCAUCAGGAUUUAAAAAGAAAUUGGGCCGUGCGUCAGAUGAAUGACGUAUGUAUCGACACCUCACACAGACAGAGUAUAGCUUUCAACCUUGUGAUACCGUGUCUCUCUCUUUUUUCUCUAAUGUUUCUGUUUAAGAUCUAAAUCCCCAGAGGUGAUGUAUUGAGGUUACACAUAGACCUGUGAGUCUAAAGCUGUGACACCGGCUUUACGUUUUCCCCUGAUGUGGGAUCAGACGGUGAGGGGGGAGGCUUUGUCCUACUUUGAAGGGAUUUCUUCUUAGGGUGCAUUCAAUCAGGAUAUCGAGAGGUUCACAAGUUCACCAGUCCUACAGUGUGUAAUGCAUGUAAUGAAGCUCUGGUCUGGUUUUACUUGCUUUUUAAUACAUAGUUAAUGUUGUGGGGGAUUUUUUUUUCCUUUUCUUUUUUUCUCUUAAGUUUUGAAACCUUGAUUUCACACUGGGGUGAUUCAUUGAUAAAGAGAUGAUGUUCUAAAGAUCGUUUUUGGAACAAAUGAUCUGAUUGUAAAUAUGAAACAGACUUUAUUUAGCUGAAGCUUUUUUUUUUUUUUUUAAAUGACAUCACCUUGUCUAGCCUCUUCCCAAUAUCCUGACCAAAUAAUUUAUUUUAAAUUAAAGUUAAAAUGAUAAUUUUUAAAUAAUCAUUUAAACUUUUGAUUGAAAGUAUACACUUUUUUAAACAUACCGGAAAUUGUUCUUUUGAGCAGUGCUAUAGAAGAACUACUAUUGUUUUCAUGUUCAUAACUACUUUUUUUUUUUGUAUUAACAAAAGUGAUUAUAGAUCCAGCACGUGAAAGUUUGCACGCACUACAAACUUGUGUAUGUGGGAAUUAAGACAUUAUUAACACUGAUUAUAAUUAAACAUGAAUAUUUUAUAAGCAUAAAUGUGGCGUGACCCUUUUCAGAUGAUUUAUAGUGUUUUUGACAAUCGGUCAUAUGGGAACAGGAUUGAUUUUUUUUUUUUGAGGAAGGGACGCAAACAAUUACAACUGCUUUGGCUAAGAAAGCAUUAAACAGUUUUGCCUUUUGUACUACUUUGUCUUUAACAAUGAACAAUUUUUGAGCAUUAAUUAAGAUUCACACAAUUUUUUUUUUUAUUAUUAUUAAAACAUUUUGAUUUUUAUAAGCCAUGCUUUUCUUACAUUCCUUGUUACAUUCCUUAUAUUAAAAACAACAAUUCUGACAAAUGUACUAAUUUCAUACUCGCUGUAAUU